AUGGAUGACUUGGCGCGUGAAGCAGGUGGUAACGCGCAGAGAAGUUAUGGGUGCGACUGCUCCUUGUUCUUGAAGAGGUGCAGUAUGUGGGAGCUUUAUCUCUAGCCUGUCUUCACAUGCUGAAUUUCUACAGCAAACCGCUACUGCUCCACAUGAUGGCGACAAGUGCGAGAACUUCUAAGAGGUGGACCACCUGCUGAAGCUUUUCCGCAUGAGGGUCCAGUAUUAUUGGGUGACCGCUUGCGGAUAUCGACCAAUGGACAGAGACGCCUUAAGAUGAAAUGGGCAGGCUUUUGCAGAAUUCGUAAAGUAAUAACUCAGGAAGUAGAAGGAGCAGCAACGCAAACACACCCUUUGGGUGUUAGUUGGCUUGCGAUGUAAGUAGUAGACCCGUCCUCCUUAAAUGGGUAACGGGGGGCGGAGCGCUGUCAAAUAGCCACAAGAUGCCACGGCGUGGCGUGAGGGAGAUGGGCCUGCCCCUCCCUUCUGUUGAGCAUGGUGUGAGAAAGACGGGGCCGCCCGUCCCUUCUGUUGAGUAUGUAUGGCGCGAGAAAGAUAAGACGGGCGCGCGCCUUCGUUCUGUUUAGUGAGGCUCCGCUACUGUCUUGAUAGGGCUACAGGAGGAGUUCCGAGAUACUUCGGCCCGCGACGAGGACACUAGACGGAUUCUUUUGCGGGGCUUUCGCUGGCUGGAGAGCACUCCGCCAAGAAGUGCCUCUACUUGCUGUCGUCUCUUCGCUCCUCCUCUCCUGUGACUCGGGUCGCCGGGUGUGAGCUUCGUCCCCUCCCUCUUUUUCUCCUUGCUUGUCGUUUUUGCAGUAGUUUAGGAGCUAUCCUCACUCUAGAUUGAUACAGAGCCUCGCUUUGCCUCAGCGCAGCAAUAGCUGCAUACGAUCAGCCUUCUCCUUUUCUAUCUCGUUUGUACGUCUUCGCGAACAAAAAUGUCGGAAGAUGAGGCCAGCCUUCUACGGCCUGGGUGGCAUGUGGUGCCCGCCCCGAUCGGGGCGCGGUGAUGGGCCGCCUCGUACUUGGUGCCCGCCUCUGGCCCCGCCGGUUCACCCUCCUGGACCUCAGCACGAUCCGCCCCCGCACUGGCCUGGGGCGCCGCCUCCGACGACGUUGAGUGACCCGGCCUACGCAGGUGAGUACCCUCGUCGGGAGUGGUUCCCUCCUCGUUCCCCACGCUACGGGCCUUGGCGACACGAUGCCACCGCGGGAGCCCCGGGACCGCGCCCACUCGCACGCAGCUCCGUCUGGGCCUUCUGAGCGUGACUACUGGUCGUCGGCGCCGCCGAGCUGGGCCCUUGUGGAAAGCCUCCUACUGCGCAUGCUGCGUUCGCCUGUCUUCCGAAGCUCCCCGGACCCGCCCGGCACCGAUGGCGCCCCCGUGGAAGCGACCGCCUCGGGGGCUCCCCCGGUCGAAGGGACCGAACGCAACGGAGCUCCACCAGAGGGGAGGAGUCUUAAGCUCGUUGCGUUGGACUGUCUUCAUCUCAGCACCCCUGGGGCAACUCAGUGGAGACGGCGAGGGCGCCUUCUUCUUCGCGGAUGAUGGUGCAAGUCUCCCAGCUGUGGGCACGGGCUCCGAGCUGGUGGCCAGGUGCAGGGUGCGAGUUAUCUGAAAAGCUGCAGGCGCUCGCCCCGGCCUCCACCUGAAGCGGGACGCUAGUAAGUAAAACUGUCUGCCUCGUGCUCUCCGUUCCGGAGUUACAUGCCUGGGGGGCUGCAGCUUGCCAUCAAAACCGCGCACAGGAGAGAGCGGGCGUGCCUCUUAUCGGCCUCUCGGGCUUAUUUAUUAUGCUGCCAAGUCUCCUCUCCCCAAAUCUUAGGGGUGGCGGUAGCCUCUUGCUGCAACUUCAAAAAGCACACUUCGGGCGUCAUCCGAAAGGCGCGCGGGCGCAUCUCUGUCCUUCGAAAAGUUAUGGGAUACUCCACGGGGGCGGAUCCCCCUGCCUCCUCAAUGGCAGUCCGCUUCUGGUGACGCAAGUUGUGACUUUCGCCAUAGCGGCGCGGGGCUCUUAUGCCGCGGGGUCUGUUCUAACCUUCGGAUGAUCAACGCCCACGCCUUUCACCUGGCGCCGCGCGUCGCCAUUGGGCAAGUGCGUACCAUGCGCCUCGAGUCCUUCCGCUUUUUGGCCAUGAGUGCCCGCGCCUUCAAUCUCUGCGCACGAGCUUCGCGCAUGUUGGUGGGUGAUGCCAUCCUGGGGCCAGAGCGCGGCGCUUCGACGUGGCGCCAUCUCUUCGCUGGAGUACGGCGAAGCCACGUCUAUUGCGGGCUCGCGUCCACUUGUUUCUAUGCUGCGCCUGGACGCGUCUGCUCUUGCAACGUGGUGGCAGCAGACGCUUCGACGGAAUCUGGGGGAUAUCGCCAACGGCACACCGGUCGGGAGCUACCUGCUCCGGGUCGGGCACCCACUCUGGCUUGUCCCCCGCUGGCGUCACUUCUAACGCCGUCCCCAUGCACCUCGUGAGCAGUCGGGCGACCGAGCACGGCGGACGCCCAGUGAGUCACAUGAGCUGCCGGCCUUCACAACGUACGCGCCUGAGCUCCCACCGGCCAGACAGGCUGUUGCCCCCGGUUGGCUCAAGAGCGCCCAGCGCGUACUGCAGAAGACUGGCUGGGAUUUCCCUGCUAUUCGUCAGGAGGCCCGCUGGCUACCGCCUCCCAUGCGGUGCACAGCCUUGCGGCCAGGGCGCAGACCUGAGACACCGAGGCCGCCAGCUUGGAAGCCGGCGAAGUUUUGCGUGCUGGGUUUUCGCGGGUGGUUGGAGUUCUCGCCGUCGCCAUCGGCGGGAGCUUCUUCAGACCUAAAGACAAGCAGAAGGAGAAGCACAGCGAGGGAUCCGCUGCGGGGAUCCUGGUCGGGAGUCAGUCGCCUGGUGCGCUCACUCUUUGCCUUGUGCUUCUUUUUGCGCCGCAGCAGUAAAGAAUCCAGCGAGUGGGUGGCAUUCCACCACACGGCCCGGCAGCUCAUCAGCACGGGCCGCACUCCUGGGGGGUGUGUCAUUUUUCUCACAGGCUCGCGCAGUCUGGUGGCCCGACUGGAGACCGUCACGGCUGCAGACGGCGUAGGCUUAGGCACCCCGUCGGAGAGAGCGGGCCUUGUUAACAGACCUCGGGGCGCUUUCCUUUGCUCUUGUGCUGCUUCUGUUCGGGUCGAGCGCGUGAGCCCCCGCGCUCGGUGUCAAGUUAAUCAAUGAGCUCGCUGACUCUUUGCGCGCGCUGGGGGCUGAGGGCGCAACCUGCCGGCCUCUCUGGGGCCGAUGACUUCGGAGGAAGUCAGAGGACGGGAGCGCUCCUGGGAGAAUUACUCAGGGAGGAAGGGCGGGGCGUCUUGUCUUCUUUCGGGUCGGGCGGGCCUUGGGCGUGCUUUGCGGUCGCUACGGGGGGAAGGACGGGCCACACAGUCAGCGGGCCGCGGCCUCCGUUUUAGGCGGCACGAGGUUCAAGCGAAUCGCAGAAGGUGGCCCCCAGCUGAUUCGGCUGGGGUGUGAGUCAGCUGCUUCGGCUGUCGUGGGCUGAAUUGGCUGAAGACUCAGCCGCGGGCCGAAUCGGCUGACCAUGACGGUCGAGGCAGUUGAUUCACGCCACAGCUGGGCCAGCUGGUGACGCAGUUCCCGGCUGUGGCACCGCGUGACUGGCGUGCAUGUCCGCCACAGACUGAGCCAAGCCAGCUAGACCUGUCAGCGCUUCGGCGCGUGUGUGUCCGCUACAGAUUGAAAGCGGCGGCCAGUGAAUCUGUCGAGAUAUUCACUCUGGAAGCUUGGGCCUCCUCUGCGUGCAGGCGUUGCGCCUUACCGUGUGCCCCUUUUGUGAGGAUGCAGGCAGCUGACUCUUGGCGCCUCCUGCGCCAUGGCUUGCGACAUGGCUUUGCGCUCCUCCCUCCCUCGGACUCCGAGCCACUUCGUUCUGCUUUCGUGUUGGUGCCUCUUCGCCGCUGUCUCUCUUCCUCGACUCGGUUGCUUUCGAGCAGCUCGCCUCUAUUUGUGAGCCCCGCGCGCCGGCUUUCUUGCAGUAGCAGCGGCGCUGCGUCCUUAGUCUGGCCUUUUGGGUGGGGCGUGCGUAGUUCUCCGCUUUCCUUGGCCCGGAUGUGUGGCCUUUUGGUCCCCCGCCCUGGGACGUGACUGCCCUGGGCGAGCUCGCCUCUGCCUCGCGCUUCUUUGUGUUGACUUGCGGCGAGUCAAGUCGCGACCAUACUGACACCAGCGGACUAAUUGGGCCCCGCGUAUGACUCUCGGGCUGCAUGGUGUUGGAGUACCGCCCGGCUUCGUAUAGUAACUGACUGCAAGUAAUAGAAGGCGUGAGAGCUAGGAGAGCACCCGCGUCACGGUAGUUCUUCUUUCAGAAGAAAGACGUGCAAGCUAGGGCGGAGUCGGAGAGCACUCAGUAUGUAACAGCUGGCUACUGUGCACCUUGCUACGCACUUGCUUCAGUGAUAAUCGGACACAGGAACAACUAGAGUAAUCCAGAGGGAUCCCUUUGCGUACCCUUUUCAUAGACCGCUGACAAACCGAAAGACCACGAUUGGUAUGACGAAGCAGUCUACUAUGGGGACGAAGUUGCGGGGAAGUUUUUUACGGGUAGGCUAUCACUGUCCCGUCCCCGUGUGGAGCAUGCUGAGUGGGGUUUCCUUUGAUUUAAAGGGGGGAUCUGUUUAAGGGGAAAGGGGAUCUGUCUAAGGGGAAAGAUACAACACUCAGCGAAGGAUAUUGAAAAAUAAGCUCUAGCGUUAAAAAUUUUACCAUGAUCAGACAUCGCCAUCUUAGAGAUGACGGCGGGAGGGUAU